GCAUCAUUAGAGUUGAAAGUAUGGCGUAAAACGUAGUUAAGCAAGGUAUGGUCUUUCUUCUAGUUUUCAUACCCCAGUCCUGUGAAUCUUUGGUAUUCUACUUUUGAUUAGGCAAGAAAUUAAACUAGGCAUUGGUUUGCUUCUGUAUCAUACGAAUUUUUGUAAGGUUUUACCGCAAAUUUAAGAAAAUUCUGAAGGCUUAAAAAUAUUCAAAUAGAAAAAGAAGCCGCACCAGUUGUGCUGAUAUGGCGUCGGGAGCAGCCGUUGAAACGGCGGCGAAGCCUAGAGGCGGUAGGUUUUGCACUAUUUGCAACGCCAAGCGUGCCGCCCUCAAGCGUCCCAAAACCCUAGAACAAAUAUGCAAAGAGUGUUUCUAUGCAGUUCUCGAAGAUGAAAUUCACAGAGUAAUUGUUGAUAAUCAUCUCUUCAAGCGGGGCGAACGCGUAGCAAUUGGAGCUUCUGGAGGAAAAGAUUCAACUGUGCUUGCAUAUGUGUUGUCCGAAUUGAAUCGUAGACACGACUAUGGCCUCGAUCUUUUCUUGCUUUCAGUUGAUGAAGGCAUAACUGGUUACAGGGAUGAUUCACUUGAAACUGUUAAAAGAAACGAAAUUCAGUACGGACUUCCCCUUAAAGUUGUCUCGUAUAAAGACUUAUAUGGGUGGACGAUGGAUGAGAUUGUGAAGCUAAUAGGUCUAAAAAACAACUGCACGUUUUGUGGUGUUUUCCGUCGCCAGGCCCUCGAUAGGGGUGCUUCUCUUUUGAAAGUGGACAAGCUAGUUACGGGGCAUAAUGCAGAUGACAUUGCUGAAACAGUUCUACUAAACAUAUUGAGAGGCGACAUUGCAAGGCUGAGUAGAUGUACUUCUAUUAUUACGGGUGAAGAUGGACCUAUUCCAAGAUGCAAGCCUUUUAAGUACACCUAUGAGAAGGAAAUUGUGAUGUAUGCAUACUUCAAACGGCUGGAUUACUUCUCAACUGAGUGCAUAUACUCUCCGAAUGCUUAUCGUGGCUUUGCUCGGGAAUUCAUUAAAGAUUUGGAGAGGAUCAGGCCAAGAGCUAUACUCGACAUCAUAAAAUCUGGUGAAGAUUUUAGGAUAGCAACCUAUACAAAAAUGCCAGAGCAGGGAAAUUGUGAAAGAUGUGGUUACAUUUCCAGCCAGAAAUGGUGUAAAGCAUGCGUCCUACUGGAUGGACUUAAUCGAGGUUUGCCUAAACAAGGUAUUACUCGGACCCGAGGCUUAGAUACUGAGCGCAACAAGGAUAUGGGAGAAGCUAAUGGAACAAAGAGUUUGCAGAGCAAGCAAUGCGGAUCACUCGACUUCUGAUUCAGUUUGGCGGGUUUGAAUUCCUCAUUCAGGAACAGAGGUCGCAAUUAGCAGUUCCAGAAUUCGUUGCAGAUGUAAUUCAUAAUGGAUUUGCCAGUCUUCCUCCUGCCUGGGAAAUCCAUCUUUUGAUUUUGAUUAAGUCCCAACUUAGCAGAUCAUAUUUAUCAUGGAUAUUGAUGACUUUAUUUAUUUUGUACAAGCAUUUUUUAGGGUUCUGUGGGCUCUUGAAAUUUUGGUUUAGCUGAAGAAAACAUGUAUACAGUUUCUGUAUUUUGUACAAGCAGUUUCUUUCGCUGUAAAAUAGAGCUAACGGUUGAGAUGCCUUUGAUACGUGUUUACUUUGAUGAAUUAAAACUUUGGAAUA